GUUGCAUAUUUCUAAGUUAUUAUGCUUAUUAUUAGUAUUAUUGUUGCUAUUGAAAUUGAUUGAAUUUGUGGUAAAAGUGUGGUGGGUUCCUCUUAAGAUAAGCAGAUUGAUGGAGAAGCAGGGAAUUAGAGGACCCCCAUACAAAUUUCUCCAUGGAAACAACAAGGAAGUGGAGCUGAUGAUGAGGGAAGCAAUUGCAAAACCAAUGGAUCUCUCUCAUGACACCUUUUCAAAAGUCCAGCCUUACAUAUACACUUGGACCAAAAUCUAUGGGGAUACUUUUUUGAGCUGGGUAGGCCCAAAACCUCAGCUAUUUAUCAGAGAGCCAGAGCUAAUAAAGGAGAUACUCAACAACAAGAGUUGGGACUACCGAAAACCAGACCGGAAUCCAAUAAUCGAAAAGCUAUUGGGAGAUGGGCUCGCAUCCACUAACAUACAGAAGAAAUGGGCUUUCCACCGUAAGAUGGCCAACAAGGCCUUUAAUGCCGAAUGCCUCAAGGAUAUGUUUUCAGAAAUGGUGAAGAGUACAGAGGAGAUGCUAGGAAGAUGGAGAGAAAGUGAUGGCCGGGAGAUUGAAAUUUCGAGUGAACUAAGGGUCUUGACACAAGAUAUAAUUUCAAGGACAGCAUUUGGUAGCAAUUAUUUAGAGGGCCAAGAAUUGUUCAACUUGUUUUCAAAGAUGGCAAUUCUAGUCUCUUCAAAUGUUCGAAAAAUCACAUUUCCUGGCAGUGGAUUUUUUCAAUCUAGAGAUGAAGUUGAAGCCAAAAUAUUGGACACAGAAAUAAUGAGAUUGAUGAUGAAAAUGAUUGAUUCAAGAAAAGAGAAAGCGAAUAAUGGAGAGUCAGUAGGGUAUGGUAAUGAUUUCUUUGGAAUGUUGUUAAAAUCUGGUCAUGAAAUUGAAGAUGAAGCCAAGCUAUCACUUCAAGACAUCUUGGAUGAAUGCAAGACCUUCUAUUUUGCUGGUCAUGAGACCACCUUUGGCCUUAUCAGUUGGAUAAUUAUUCUUUUGGCCAUGUACCCGGAGUGGCAAGAUAGGGCGAGGAAAGAGGUCACUGAAGUCUUCGGCUCAAGCAUACCGACCAUGGAUGGAAUCGGCCGCCUCAAAAUAGUGAACAUGAUCAUCAAUGAGACCUUGAGACUAUAUCCAUCUGUCACAGUCUUAAGUAGGCAACUGAAGAAAGAGGUAAGGUUAGGGAAACUUACCAUUCCAUCAGGAACUGAAGUGGUGGUACCAGCAUUAGCACUACAUUAUGACUCACAACAAUGGGGAAAGGAUGUUCAUCUCUUCAAACCCGAACGCUUUUCGCAAGGGAUUACGAAUGCAGCAAAGAGCCCAAUAGCUUUCUUACCAUUUGGCUUUGGCCCUCGCAUGUGUGUGGGCCUCAACUUCGCUAUUCUUGAGAGUAAAUUGGCUGUCUCUAUGAUACUCCAACGUUACAGCCUACUUUUGUCUCCAUCUUAUCACCAUGCUCCUGUAUUGAUGGUUACUACACGGCCGCAACAUGGAGCUCCUAUUAUCAUCAAUCCACUAUAAUCAGUCAUUGUGGGGAUGCUUUGUAGAACAUUAGAGUUUAAUUUUUUUUAUCAUUUUUGUGCUAAUGAGAAAAAUUUCAGAGUCUUCCUCAUUAGCACAAAUCAUUUGUGGGACUGGUUACGCUGGAUAUUUCAUGUGCUUGUGUAAGAUGAUAAGAUCCA